CCAGUCAGGGUUUCGAUGUCUACAUUCAACUGUCACCGCGCUUCUUGCAUGAGUCCACCAAUAACUGGGCAUACAACAUUGACCAAGGCCGAGUUAAUGCUGUAGUUUUCCUAGAUCUUAAGAAAGCGUUUGACACAGUUAACCAUGGAAUUUUACUAUCAAAACUGAAUGCGUAUGGUCUUGGGGGUGCUGUGG